AUGGCGCCGGAGUCGGAUGAGUACGAGGCCGGUCUGACGGUGAUCGGCGAAUGCGACACGCCGCCGUCGAAGCUGGAGCGGAACAGCAACUACCACCUGUUCAAAUCGGGCAUCAAGCCGAUGUGGGAGGACGACGCGAACGCGAACGGUGGCAAGUGGGUGUUGACGAUGAAGAACAACCCAGCGCUGCUCGACCGGUGCUGGUCGUGGCUCGCGAUGGCGCUCCUUUGGACGCGGACGAAGGAGGAUGUGGAGAAGAUCAACGGGAUCGCGCGCAAGAUGGUGAAGCUGCUCGACGUCUCGGAGGCGGACGGGAUUGGACUCGAGUUCCAGUACAACAACGACGACCGGCCGGUAGCAAACAAGUUUUUGACGAUACAGGCGGUCCCUCAGACCUCAUAUCGGACGUCGUUCCACGGCAAGCCGCCAGGGUUCAGCCCCGUCACAAGCCCUGGCGAAGGCCCGCAAAUUGGUGGCCCGGGCCCAGGCGGCGCCUUCGCGGGCUUUGGCGUCGGCGGUGGAGGGGUCCUGGGCUCCGGCUGGAGGGGCAAGCGGUAA